AUGUCUCUCUUUUACGCUAAACCGAUUAUUUCUCUGAACUCCACACCGACGACCACGACCCACAUCGCCAUCAUCACUGAUACAACUUCAGCGACAACCUCCACCACCAUUAUCUGGACGAAUAUCAGUGAAGCUGUCCACAAGGACGCCAUGGAUGUGGUGGUCACAAAGAUUAUCUCCUUGUUAAUCCUCACUCUUCUGUCCGUGCUGUGUGGUCUCUUGCCACUCCGUCUGCUGAUGCACACGCCACAUCUCUUCACACGGAGCAGGAAUUCCGUCGACUGCUUUCUGUGUGGUCUCCGGCUUUUUUCUGGCGGUAUAUACAUGGCCACGUGCUUCCUGCACCUGAUGCCGGACACGAGAGAGAAGAUGUCUGCCGUCAUGCUCAACAUGGGCUCCAAGACCACGUACGCCGUGCCCGAGCUGCUCAUCAUGACUGGUUUCUAUGCCGUGGUCUUUGUGGAACAAAUUAUUCAGGUUCUUUAUGUCAAAGCGCAGGAAUCAGAUGCCAACAGGAGGUUAAAGAAAGCUAGAAAAGCUAAAGCUAAAGCUGACGCAGCAGCUAAACAGACUGUACAGGUAUUUAGGUCAACUCUGGACGAGGAUGUGUCUCCAAAUGGCAAUAAUGGUGGAGGCAAGACUUUCAGCGGUGAUGAGGACGACGACGAAUACGACGAUAACGUUCUUAUUGAUGAUGAAGACGAUAUGAGUUUCCAUGAAACAGAAUCGGAUAGGAAAAGUGUUGACUCGGCAACUGAAGUCAAAGAAAGCCUGCUGGAAAAUGGGCCAACAUCUAACAUCGCUAUCAUGAACAGAAGCAACCAUCAUAUUCAGGGUAUCCCCAACCAUGUUCACACAAUCAGCAUAAAACCCAUUCGACCAAUUCAGCCAAAUGGGAUUGGUCACUCGCAACCAUUCUCUUACACAGAAGUUAGCACCCAUUUACUGAGAACAUUUUCAAGAGUUUCACUUGAUGGUGUAUCUACGUGCCUACCCAGUGAAGUAAAGGCACUUCAAAACGCGACCAAUCCCAUGUUGCAUUCACAUGCUCCACAUCUUCCUUUACAUUCGAUGAAAGACAACCACCAGCACCAACAUAGUCAACCAAAUCAUCACCCUCAUCAUCAAGCUAACCAGCUUCUUCAACAAGAGAACAAACAACAUCAAGAACCGGUGUCAAAGUCUCGAUCUUCAUCAUCGCCACCUCCCAUUUUACCUAGGAAACCGUUCACCCUGGAACAGCAGCAAAUACUUCACAAGCCAGUUCCCCCAGUUCCUCCACACGAACCAGCGUUCCACCGAAAGGGAAACCAGUAUCCUGUUAUCACGCACAGUCCAGAGAUUGAGCAGGACAACAAUGCUGCAGAACACGGCAGAGAGGACCACACUUGGUCAGUUUCCGUUGGUGUCGACAUGGGAAACAACAAUGCCAGAGAUUCUAUCACUAAACCCCCCGCGGAUUCAUCCCAUGAACGAGACGUCGACUCUGGGGUGUUCUCCACCCGACGAGAAUGUGAACAUUCAGAAUCUGACACCCGUAAAUUCACGAUGUCCAGAGAUGUCAGUUUCGACAAAAUCUCAGAAUCCAGUUCCGUCCUUCAAGACUUAGAAGUUAAAAGAGUAGUAGAUGAACUAUCUCGCACGGACGCAAACCACGCCUACUUCCGUUCAAUCAUUUACAUAAUGGCACUAUCAUUCCAUGGAAUUUUUGAAGGUAUGGCGCUUGGUCUUCAAAGCGUCAAAAGCAGUGUCUGGGCUCUGUGUUUCGCUAUUGUCGUUCAUCGCUGUGUGUUAGCAUUUAAAUUAGGAAUGGAUCUAUGCAGAGGCGAAGAAAAGCAAGGAAUCAUCACAGGAAUUCUCAUAUCGUCUGGUGCAUCGUUGUAUUCAGACGUGACUGUACCCGAAGCCAUUCUACAAAGUCUGGCAACUGGGACCAUAUUUUACAUCGUCUUCUUCGACAUUUUCUUUAAAGAUAUGGAAGGUAAAGAUGACUUAAGAAGAGUAUCGUGUUCAUUUGUAGGUUUCUCUUUAAUGGCGAUAGUUUUCGCAAUAACAAGAAGCUGA